AUAUUAAUGCUUUAUUUAGGUGUACCCAAGAGGAGCACCAAGAUGCGCUCAAAUGGAUAAUCUAAUAGAGCAAGGAUGCUCAAAAGAAAAUAUUGUAAACCCUAUCACAGAAUCUGAAGUUUUAGAGGAUGAACCUCUAAGUGAUGCAGGAGCAGCUGCAGGUUCUGCUAUUCAAUUAAAACCACAAAAAUUAAAGCUUUCUUUGCGACCUGGUGAUCCUGCAAAGUUAACUGUUAAGUUCAGGCAGGCUGAAGAUUAUCCCGUGGACUUGUACUAUUUGAUGGAUCUCACUUUUUCCAUGAAAAAGCACAAGGAGAUGUUAGCUAAGCUUUCAUACACCAUUGCUGAUAAUAUGAAGACUGUAACUAGGAACUUUAGGCUUGGAUUUGGUUCUUUUAUUGAUAAAGUUGUGAUGCCAUAUGUUGACAUGGUACCUGAAAGGCUUGUUAAUCCAUGCAGAGAAGAAUAUUGUAAUUCCCCUUAUGGUUUUCGAAAUCAUUUGUCUUUAAACGACAAUGUAACACUUUUUACUCAAGAAGUUUCUGCUGCAAAUUUGUCUGGUAAUUUGGAUAAUGCAGAGGGAGGUUUUGAUGCUGUAAUGCAAGUCAUUGCCUGUAAGGAGAAGAUUAGGUGGAAUGAUCGUUCUAGAAAAAUAAUAUUAUUUGCUACUAAUGGAAUUUUCCAUUAUGCUGGUGAUGGUAAACUUGGUGGAAUUGUAAAACCAAAUGAUGGGCAUUGCCAUUUAGAUGAAGAUGGGUACUAUACUGAGAGCAUUUAUCAAGAUUACCCAUCUCUAAGUCAAAUAAAUACCAAAAUAAUUGAGAACAAGGUUUUGAUUAUAUUUGCUGUUCCUGAUACAAAAUUACCCUUGUAUCAGCGUUUGUGUAAUGUUGUUGAAGGUACUUAUGCAGAGAAACUAGAAAGUGAUGCUUCCAAUAUAGUUAAUUUAAUACACAAACAGUAUGAUAAAAUUCAAUCUAAAAUUGAAUUGAAAGAUAAUGCUCCUGAUUAUUUGAAGAUAACUUACUCAUCAAACUGUCUUGGUGAUGAAGUUAAAGAUACUAACUUGUGUGAAGGCUUGCGUGUUGGAACUACUGUUGAAUUCAAUGUUGAAGUAGAGCUCUUAAAAUGCCCAAAGAAUUCAAGUUUAUGGACUAACAAAAUUCAAAUAUCACCAGUUGGUUUAAGUGAAUAUGUGCAGCUAGAUGUAGAUUUGAAGUGUGAAUGUGACUGUGAAAAGCCUGAAAAUGAGCAAGAAAUAAGUCCUGAGUGCAGCUUCUCCGGCACUUAUGAGUGUGGGAUAUGUAACUGUGAUACCAACUUUUUUGGUCGCAAAUGCGAAUGUCAAGGUGAUGAAGCAGACAAGGAAUCUAAACUUUCAUCUUGCAAGAUGAAUGAUGAAAGUCUUGUAUGUUCUGGAAGAGGUGAUUGUGUUUGUGGUGUAUGUGACUGCUAUGCUGGGCCUAGUAGUGAGUCAAAAAUCUAUGGCGCAUUUUGUGAAUGUGACACUUUUUCGUGUGAAAGAGAUUCCAAUGGACUUGUGUGUGGUGGAGAAGAUCGUGGAAGAUGUUGUGGCGAGUGCAUUUGUAAUCAAGGCUGGACCGGUCCUGCCUGUGAGUGCAAAGCCAGAAAUGAUACAUGCAUAGCACCUGCUGACAUAGAAACUGGUAGAUUUUGUAGUGGAAGAGGAGAUUGCGUUUGUGGUGAAUGUCAGUGUUACAGAGAUGAUGAAAGAGGACAUUUUGGAGGACCAUUCUGUGGUGACUGCAGUUUCCAGACAUGUGAGGGUAGAUGCACUGAAUUUCGUGACUGUGUACAGUGUCAAACAUUUGGAACUGGACUGUUGUCAGAUGAGGAAUGCUUUAACUGUACAUUUUUGUCUACACCAGUGGAAGAUCUUGGAGAAAUUCUUCAAAAUGAGAGAAAAUGUAUUUUUAAGGAUGAAGAAGACUGUUCAUUCUCAUUUGUUUAUAGUUAUGAUGAUAAUAAUAAACCUAUGAUUAGAGUCUUAGAUACCAAAGAUUGUCCUUCGAAAGAACCAGUAUUAUGGAUUGCUCUUGGUGUAACAGCUGGUGUAUUUUUAAUAGGCCUGAUAGCUCUGUUAAUUGGAAGAUUUCUUAUUUAUCUUAAAGACAAAAGAGAUUUUGAAAGAUUCGUUGAAGAAGUAGAUAAAACUCAGUGGGGCAAUCAUACAAAUCCCAUCUACAAAGAAGCUGUUUCUGAAUAUCCUAAUCCAAUUUAUGGGCAGCAGAGUCACUAAACGGAAACAUUCAUUCUGUGAAUACUCUAUCUAGUCUUAUAGUUUUUAAAAUUGCAUAUUCAAAACAAAAUGAAAUUUUUUUUUUUAAUCAGUAAAUUUUUUUUGCUUAAAUGUUUUGUAUUCUAAUUAGCAAAUUACGAGUAAAAUGCUUGAUUGGCAGCUGUGGAGAAAUUUAAUCUAAGUAUUUAAUGGAAAUCAAGAAAUUUUUUGUGAUUUUUUUUGUGAUUUUUCAUAUUUCUUUUGAAGUGUAUUAGAUUAAAAUAAGUUAUAUUUUCGAUUCAUUAUAUUUUUCUUUCGUAUCAGUUUUUGAAAUGUCUGCUUAAAAUUUAGUGAUGGAUUUUAAAUCAAAUUAUGUUUAAAAAAUAUCAAUGCAUUGAAAACUUGGUUGCAUUCCUUUCAUUUGUUUAAGGGUGUUCGUCUAAACUCUUUUGCUUAGAAAAAUGAAAGAGGAGAAAAAAAUUUGUACCUUAAGAUUGCUAAGCUUUUGUUCAAAACUAUAUAUACUGCCUUGUUUGAACUUUAAAAUUGGCAAAUGUUUUCAACAUUUUGAAAGGUCCAUUUUUAAAAAAAAUAAAUAAAAAAGAACUCCUACAUUGGUGAGAUUUUCCUAGUUGAAUGAUAAUUAUUAAAAUUAUUGAAUAAUUCUCAAUUUCUUUCAUAAUUUGAUUUACUCAAACAGUUAUGCAUUAAUGUAACUUUUCAAAUGUUUAAAAAAAAUUAGAUCACACUUUUCAUUUUCACAGAAUUGUGACUUUUCUACUUAAUUACAUAUUGCACAAUUUUUAUAAUCAGCAUAAAGGACCUUGUCUAGAGAUUGAAAACACUGGAUCUAUCAGUGGUAAAAAAAUAGUUAUAAAGAUUGCAUAUUAUGUGAAAAAUAUGUUAUUCUGUUUAAUAAAAGAACCUUUGAAGAACAACCUUAAUCUAAUACUGUAAUCAAUCAUACUAUAAUCAAUUUGUCUUUCUUUCUUAUCUGAACUUAAAUUUAUGAGAGGCUUUUUGAUUUUAUCCAAAGGAAGAUAAUGCAACAAUUUAUAACAUAUAAUUCAUAAUACAUUUAAAAGAGAAUGCAACUUAUAUUGUAAUUCUUGUUAGCAUUUUAAAGUUUAUCAUUGAUAUAUUCAAUUUUCUUGAAUCAAAAUUGCAUCAUAUAACAGAAUGUUUAUGUUUCAUCAAAUUUGUGUUUCAUUUUUUUUUGCCCCAACUAUUUACUUGUUUUUAUAAUCAAAGAAAUUGAUUUACAUUGUUCUUUUAGAGAAUAGUAGUUGAUUAAAGCCUUUGUAUUUAAUUAUUAAAAUUAUUUUUAAAUCACUUUUUUGGGUCAGCACAACUGCUUUGUCUGAAGUUGUUUUAUCUGAGAUUCUUACCAAUACCUCUCUUUUUAUUUUAUAAUUAUGUUCAAAUAUUCAACUGAUUUAGUGUAUAUUAAUUUUUAACUGAGAUUAUAUGUUUAUUAUUUACUCUUUGUUACUAUUGAGAUUAAAAGGAAAGUGUUUUUAUGCCAAACUAAUAAUUAGACCGUUAGUUUUCACUCAUGGUCAUAAGCUAACUUGCCACUAGUUUUUAUAUUUGUCUUUCAUUUUCUAAUUUUAUACCAAGAUAAAAAUAUACAGUAUAAAAUUAAAAUUCUGUAGUUUUUGUUUAAAAUUAUACCUAUCUUUAACAUAUAUAAAUCUCUGAAUUUCUGUUAAUGAGAGGAUUUAUUUAAUUUCUAAUGAGAGGAUUUAUGAGACGAUUUAUUAAUUAUUAAUGAGAGGAUUUAUUUAAUUAUAAUUCUAGAAUUUCUUGAAUUCAUUCCAAAUGUUUUUGUUCCUUCCAUAUUUUUUAUACAUUAAAAGUACUUCAUGAUUUGUAUGUUGGUUUUGUACCAAGUAUUUCCUUUCUCCACCUUUUUUUCUUCUAUAUAUGCUAUUUUUUGUAAAUACAACAGAAUGGUAUACAUAAGUUAUCAAUGGUAUACAUUAACAGUUUAAGCUUACUUAAAAUAAUUACCCGAUACAAUGGAACUGAUUUUAAUAAAGUAAUAUUACUGAAUUAUAUUAUCUUAAAGCUGUAUUAACAUUUGUUAACCUGUUUUAAAUGUUAGAUUAACUUUGGUCAUUGAUUUAAAAUAUUUCAUUACUGUGGUUAUUAGUAUUCAAAAUUUAUCCAUGGAUUUAAGAUAUUUUAUUAUUGUGUUAAUUAGUUUUUAAAUAUUUUGCUGGUAAUUGGUAUUUUGGGUUUAUCCAGUUAGUUACUAUUUAAUGUAUUUAUUUAUCUGUAAUAAGUAUUUAUAUUUAAGGCAUCUAUUAAUAAAAAAAAAAAUCUUAAUUUUUCCCGAUUAUGAGUUAUUUCUUUUUUUGUUUAAAUGGGAAUAAAAAAUAUCUUCUAAAAGUGAAGUUUAAUUAAUUGGCCAUUUUAUAAACUGUGGUAAGUCGUGAGAAAUUCCAUGUUUAAAAAUCAAAGAUUGUUUUCCCGAGUUAAAAAAAGUAAAUAAAAAAUAUAUACAGGCGAAGGGAAGUUUUCGGCAUUUAAUUUAGAUAGUGCUCAUUAAUCUACUUAACUGUUUUCUGCCUCAUGUUGCACAAAUACUUCUUAAAAUUCACUGAAAAAAUGUUAAUCUCCAAAAAAUAGUGAUUUUAUAGCUUACUGAAAUAAUUUAUUCAAAUGUUUGAAUUAGAUUGGAAAUAUAUAUUACAAUAAAUAAAAUUUUUAGUAAAAAGCAUAAAACUGGUAUUGCCUUUUAUUUAAAUGCCUUUGUUUUGGGGCAUUAUUAUGUAUUUUAAGCACUCAAACUCCAUUUGCAUUUCAAACUUAGCAUUUUAACUUGGCAUUUUACAUGCAAACUUGGCAUUUUAUAUGAAAAUUGAUUAAUUUUUUUAAUUGCUACUUUUUUAAAUAAAAUAAUAUAUUUUUGAUGAACUUAAGUCUAUGUGUUUGUAGUUAUUUUUUUUCUACUCUCUUAGUUUAUUUGAAUAUUUAUAAACAUUACUCAAGAAGGAUUUCAAAUACUCAACUUAUAUAUUAUGAGGAUUGUCAUAUGUGAAUAUAAAUGAAAUUAUAAUUUUUAUUUAAAAUUUUUUUACUAUUUUUAUAUUGUUUAUUCCUUCAACUCAUUAAAUUUUGAGUUUGAUUGUUUGAAAAAUGAGUUAGUUUUAUAAUUAAGAACAUUACUUAUUUUGAUUUCAUUAAGCUAAAUCAGUUUAUAAAUCUGCUCAGAAAAUUUUCUUUUUUUAAAAAUUUGAUUAUUUGUUGAAUUUGUAAGUAAACAAAUUUAAAUAAACUUUGCUCUGUUUUACUAUUUUGUAUUAAUUCGUAAAAAAAUGUCUAUAUACUCUUAUACAAUUAGGUUAAGGGUUUGUAUAUUAUUUUAUCUACUAUACUAUAUGCCUAUAUGUUCCAUGUUAUUGUUUCUUUUUUUAAUUUUUAUUUUUUCUAAUUAUUGGAUAAUAUAUGUCAUAACAUAUGUCAUUUAUUGAAUAAUAUGUCAUCAAUUCAUAUUUUCAUCUGCAAAAUGCAUAAUGAUUUGUGUGUAAAUUAUAUAAAAUAUUUAAAAAAAAUAUUGAUUUUGAAACAAAGUUCAAAGUUAAAUGUACUUAUAACUUUUAAAUUAUUAAAUGAACCAACCCUAUUUUUUCUAUUAGAAUGAUAUUACAUUUGAGAUAAGGGGCCAUUCCAAUAUUUAUUAAAGCUAUUUUUAGGACAUUGUUC